CACACACUAAAAACCAUAAACUGAAUAGCGCAGCGACCCUUCUCUCAGGCGACCUCCAUAGCCGUAAUCUUUUCUUCCAAGCUGUAUUCUACUCAGUCGUCGAGAUGCCCGUUUUCGCGUCUACCUCACUUUCAGGCGGCCUCGCGCUUCUCUCCCAGUUCCUCAGCACCGAUAAUACCUCACAGACUGGGCUUAUCGUGAACCCUCCGGCCACUUUAAAUUUCCCUUGCAGCAUUUCCCGGGGUCAUUCGGCCAGAAACCCGGUUUUCCUGAGCUCCCCGAGAGUUUCGGUUUCAGGUGGCAGCAGCACCAGUACUGACGAUGGGGUCGACCAGUCUUUGCUUUCUAUUGGGGUUAGGCAAUCCCGGAGGUCAGAGGAUUGGAAAGCAGCAAGGGAGUACCAUGAGAAGGGACUCAUAUAUGAAGGAAAGGUUGAAGGAUUCAAUGGUGGUGGCUUGCUGAUCAAAUUUUCUUCUCUUGUUGGUUUUCUUCCAUUCCCACAGUUGAGCCCCUCUCAUUCAUGUAAAGAGCCUAACAAAAGCAUCCAACAGACUGCAAGAGCUUUAGUUGGUUCUACCAUUUCUGUGAAGGUUAUCCAAGCUGAUGAGGAGAGCAGAAAAUUGAUAUUUUCAGAGAAGGAAGCUAACUGGUUGAAGUUUUCUCCUCAACUAAACGUUGGCGACAUUUUUGAAGCAAGGGUCGGAUCUGUAGAGGAUUAUGGUGCCUUUAUUCAUCUGCGUUUCCCAGAUGGUUUGUACCAUCUCACUGGAUUAGUGCAUGUUUCAGAAGUGUCAUGGGAUUUAGUGCAGGAUGUGAGAGAUGUCCUAGCUGAGGGUGAUGAAGUCAGAGUCAAAAUUGUUAACAUAGACAGGGAAAAGUCGAGGAUCACACUGUCCAUAAAGCAAUUGGAGGAAGACCCUCUGUUAGAAACUAUAGAAAAAGUCAUUCCUCAGGAUGACUUGACAGAUCCUGAUGCCAUAAAUUCAAGCGGACAAGCUACAAUAGAACCACUUACUGGGCUUGAAAUAAUUAUAGAAGAGCUGUUGAAGGAAGAUGGCAUAGACGAUGUGAGAAUCACUCGGCAGGGAUUCGAGAAAAGAGUGGUUUCCCAAGAUUUGCAGCUUUGGCUUUCAAAUGCGCUACCCGUAGGCAAUCAGUACACGCUUCUUGCUCGAGCUGGGCGACAGGUACAAGAGAUACAACUGACAACAUCACUCGAUCAGUACGGAAUCAAAAAAGCGCUGCAACGAGUUCUAGAACGUGUUCCAUGAAUCUGUUUCCAUUGUUUGCAAGGAGCACAUAUCGGACGAUGAAUUCUUACUUUACGGUAACAAUUUUAUACUAAAACUCGAGAAAAAGCCUCGCCACUUGACAUGACAACCUGUACAUAUGUGUUCAAUGACAAGCUGUAUUCGACCAUCUUUUGAGACAAAGCGUCUAUAAAUAUGCUUAUGCAGUUCAUAUUUCUCGCUAA